AUGGCGCCGAAAGCUGGCGCAAAAGGUGGAGCGAAGAAGGCGGUGAACAAUGUGCCGCUUAGGGAGCGGCUCAUGGCCCAGGGUAUAUACACAUCCUCGACCAGCACAGAAGGACGAGGAGCUGUGGCACCGCUCUUCUCGCCGCAGAAGCCAGCGCGCAGGUCAUUGAAGGCGAAGAGCACUUCAAGUAGCCUGCCGAAGGUUGGCAUGUCGAGGUACUUCCAGCGCAAAUCCGACGUGGACAGUCGUACCUCGCUGUCUAACUCGAAAUCGCAUAACACAGGUGCGUUACAUACGGGUGAAUUGCGGCAUUUUGCGUCAGUCUCCGACAAUGCAGGGAGCUUCGCAUUCAUGUUGGACCCCGCGGAGGUCGCCAGAGUAAAGGAGGCUUCGGAGGCGCUGCUUGCCAGCCUAACAUCCGAAGAGUCGGAUUGCGCCGACGUGCAAAUCGUCGACACUUCCUCGCUCGACCAACUUGCGGCGGAAAGACCCGCUGCCACGUUUGGGGGUUCCAGCUGCGCGCCGCUGCUGAAUAACCCGCGCGGAGCAUGUUACGCAAUGCUACGAGUACCGCCCACAUCGCACUUUGGCCCGUUCAUCAACACUUCUGGGGUUAUGGUGUUGAUAUUUAUCGAUCUGCCACCCGGGAAACUCUUCUACGAGAGCCUGAACCUGACGGGCAAGCGCAAGGUACCCUGCCCUAGACAGGCACACGUGCUGGUGCUGCCAGAUGAUGUCUUCAAGCUGCACAACGAAAGCAAAACCGGCGAAGCGUCGGUGCUCAUGCUGUCCUGCCGCCGGGACGGAAAAGAGUUCAACAUCGAGCAGCACGUGCAGGGCGCAUUCCUGACACCACUACGUGAAUUAAAUGCGGGGUGA